AUGAAAGACACAUUACGAACUGAAUCGGUGCAGGAUCGAGGCACUUCUAAUCCAACCUCUACUCCCACGUCAAUAAGACAAAACCACAAUUUGUCUUCAAGUGAUGGUGUUUCUAGUAAGGUCCUAGAGAGAACCCCUCGAACGAUCCCAUCACCACCAAAGUAUUCUAUUUUCCCUAGCGACGACAGAACCGAGAAUGCAGUCGGUGAAGAUGACAUGCAUAUCAAAGGCGCCCAGUUUCCAAUUGCAAAUGGACAGAAGCAGACAUCAUCACCAGUAAAGGAGUCUUAUCUGGGCGAAGAGAGGGCGGAGCCCAUCAGCCUUGAAGGUGUAGUGGAUCUUACCAAUACCAUGGAUACUACUACACACGAAACAGUUGCACCUGCUGUCACUCAUGAAUAUGUUUUACCUACACAACACGAGGUCAUAACGAGAGAAAUCACCCGAGAGAUUCAUCAACAUCACUACUAUCAUCGAGUUCUUCCUGUCAUUGAUACCGAGAUCUUACCUGCCAAACAUUACGUUUACGGUGAUGAUGGAGAUACGCUGAUUAAAAUACCGGAGUCUAUGGUGCACCAUUACACGGUCACAGGGUCUUAUUCCCCAAGUUGGUCCAUUGUUCAGCACCCACCAGCUCCUGCUGAAGAUGCCUUUGAUUCACCAUUGUUUGGGGUAGAGCCUGAACUACCAAAUACAAAUUACACAAUACACUUUCAGCCAAACUCGAAAGGCCAGAUACAAUGGUCUCAUGUGCCUGAUGAGCCAGUAAAAGUCAUGGAGCGAGAGUACAUUACUGCAGAGGGUUUCCCACGCAAGGAAACUUGGUGGAGGCAUCCUCCUGUUCGUGCAACUGGUGCUUACAAGGCGGGUCUGACAACACCUAUGUACUGGAAUCACGUACCUGCUGGAAAGGAACAUAUCGCAACGAAAACACCAAACUCGCCUCCACGGAAGGAGAGGACGAUUAAGGAACUUUGUGAUCUUGAGCGCGCGCAAGCAGCUGAAUAUAACAGCGUUGAUCAUAUAGAUACUAACAUGGCAAAACUGCGCGAGAAGAAGCUGUACGAUGGUCUUUCGACCUCGGACUCAGUGCAUGCUCGUGAGCUGAACGAUGUGUAUUCGGCAUCAUUUCCGAGAAAACCAAUUACACAUCAACAAACAUAUGAAAGGCCACCAACUCGAGAUUCAGGUUAUGGUGGUUUGGAUAGUACCUCUUCACUCGAAGACAGAGGACCGUCGCAUUACAGAAAUACCUCAAACUCAAGCACAUCAAGCCUUUUGGGAAGGGUAAAAGGUGAUGACGGAAAGAAAUCCGUCCCAGUAGAGGGUGAAGCCACAAGAUAUCUACGGAAUAUGAGAGAAAAGAGACGAAGCUCAGGUGGGUUCAUAGGCAGUAGCCCAAAAUCUUGGGGGAAGAGAAAUGUCGAUGUCCGCAGGAGAAGUGAGGAUAUUCAAAGAGGUACGGCCUUGGCGGAGAGACCAAAGGAAAUUGAGCAUCACUUUGGAGUAGCAAGCAAAUAG